CAAAAUUCCAAUAAGUAAAAACAAAGCAACAAAUUGCUGUUGCAUCUUUGGCGAAUAAAUACUUGUGUAGGGCACACAACUGAACACACCACUUUGUGCCUCAGGCGUUCACAAACACAACUAAUUUAUUUUAGUACGAGAGCAUUUACAAAUACUACAUAUUUGGCUUGUGGUCAUUAUUUGAGGUGUAUAUAUUUCCACGAUUAGACGUCAACUGCGCUACAACGCAAACUAAGCAAAAUCAUGCAGACCAUUAAGUGUGUAGUCGUCGGUGAUGGUGCCGUGGGUAAGACUUGUUUGCUCAUCUCGUAUACGACCAAUAAAUUCCCGUCGGAGUAUGUGCCCACCGUUUUCGACAAUUACGCUGUGACAGUGAUGAUUGGGGGUGAGCCCUACACUCUGGGUUUAUUCGAUACGGCAGGUCAAGAAGAUUACGAUCGUUUACGUCCGCUGUCCUAUCCACAAACAGACGUUUUUCUUGUCUGCUUCUCAGUGGUCAGUCCCAGCUCAUUUGAGAAUGUAAAAGAGAAAUGGGUACCAGAAAUAACGCAUCAUUGUCAGAAGACACCCUUCCUAUUGGUUGGCACACAAAUCGAUUUGCGUGAUGAAAGUAGCACUUUGGAAAAAUUGGCCAAAAAUAAACAGAAGCCCAUUACAAUGGAACAAGGCGAGAAGUUGGCCAAGGAAUUGAAAGCUGUAAAAUAUGUGGAGUGUUCCGCUUUAACACAGAAAGGUUUGAAGAAUGUUUUUGAUGAGGCCAUAUUAGCAGCGUUGGAGCCACCAGAACCAUCCAAGAAAAGGAAGUGCAAAUUCUUAUAAUUCUGUAUAUAUAUUUAUAAACGACAUUUAAACAAAAGAUAAUUUGCAAGACAAAACACAACAGCAACAACAACAACAACAACAAACCUAACAAAAUAAGCUUGCAAGCGCGUAUGAUUUCAUUCUAUGCCCAGAUAAAAAUCUAAAUUGUGAACAUUUUGUAGAGUAGAGUCAAAAUAAAAACUCACCAAUUUGUAAUUUGGCAAAAGGUA